GAAACACUUGUCAUACCAUUUAUUUUCAAUCGUCUAUAAAAUAAUAGGAUUCGACUUCAAUGAAACUAAUUUCAAUUUUAUAAUUUUAUCCAUCGAUAUUUUCCUCGUAUUUGACACAUAUCAAGAAAAUAAUUAUAAUACCGAUGGCAGUCUUAGUAGUAUAUUUGGGAUAUGUUUAAAAUUUUGGAUAUCUAAAAUAUUUUACAUGUAUUGAAAAGAGAAAUUAACUCAUAUACUUACGUAUCUUCUGCCUAAAUUUAAUAUUACAUAAACAAAAUGGCGGCCUUUGAAGGUGUAAGCAAAAUAAUAGUGAAGACACUUGGAAGUACAAUGAAUUUUGUAGACAUAAGAAAGGUAACAUUGCCGGAGAAACCUAUUUCAAGACCGCCAAGCAGCAGAGGCUCUCAAAUGAUUAUACCUGAGGACGAAAAAACCCCAUUUAACCCACGCCAUCACAGAGACCCUAAAAAGCCAAUCAGUCCACGAAUGGCUUAUUUCAACUUGCUGAGGACAUGUUUCGGCGCAGGCGCUUUAGGCCUGCCGUUAGCAGUAAGCCAGGCAGGCAUGGUUCUCGGAAUAAUCAUAUGCAUAUGUAUAGGACUCCUAAUCAUCCACACACAUAAAAUGCUGCUAGAAUGUCUCAACGAAAUUAGUCGACAACUCAAGAUACCCUACAUAUCCUAUCGUUAUGGCUUCCGAGUAGCGCUUCUUCAUGGUCCUCCUAUACUGAAGUGCCUCGGUGAAUAUGGGCCGUGCAUUAUAGCUACCUUUAUGAUAAUGAGUCAACUUGGGAUAUGCUCAGUCUUUGUGAUAUUCACCGCUGAUAGCUUAAAAGAUAUAAUGGAUUGGCAAAGUAUAAAUUCAUCACUAUUGACUUUGUUAUUGCCUUAUUUAUUACUCGAAUUCUCAAUGAAGAACUUGAGUAUAAUAAGUCACGUGUCUAUGGCCGGAAAUAUUUUGGCAUUAGUAGGCAUACUACUAAUAUUCUAUCACAUAUUUGCUGAUCCACAUGGAGAAAAUUUUGUCGUGAACACCAACCCUCUAUCCAUUUUGUUCUCUAUUGGAACAUUCUUCUUCAAUAUGUCAGCUGUAGGAGUGGUACUAUCCAUGGACAAGAAUCUUCUUAAUCCCGAAGUGAUGGUGAGCCGUUAUGGAGCUAUCAAUGUAGGAGGGGCUGUUGCCGUUGUUGUCUGCACCAUCUUCGGCGCCCUGGGUUACUGGUCCUUUGGCACAAUGGAAGAGAAUAUUCUACGAUCCUUGCCAUAUGACGAUUACUCAGCAAUGACUGCCAUAGGUCUUUACCUCAUAGCAGUAGGAUUCACUUACCCACUCCAAUGUUUCCCUGGAGUCCAGAUCAUGGUUGAGGUGAUCAAAAACUACGACUUUAGUGAACCAAUAUCUGAAGAAACCCUUAAAAUCUUUGAAUACAUUGCUAGACCAAUGUUUGUAGUAAUGACAUUUUUCAUCUCCUACUCCAUACCGUUUCAAGGACCGUUUGUGGCAUUCGUUGGAAAUCUUUGCACCACACUAUUAUCGGUUGUAUUCCCCGCUACCAUGGAGCUCUGCCUCUUGUACCCAGAGAAUUACGGCAAAUAUCGUAUCUACUUCUUUAAGAACCUCAUUCUGAUCAUCUUUGGGCUGAUUUCUUGGGCUUUUGGGGUGGCAUUUAGCAUUUAUAUCAUAUAUGUCCGACUUUUGUCUGCGGAAUCUAAUGAAUACAUUCAUGACUUUAUUUGAUGUAUUAAAUUACAAAAACCUUGCUUUUA